UGCCUCAAGAAUGGGAGGGGGUUGUCGGGGAGACCAGAAUGGUGACCAUGGUGACCAGGAAAGGGCAUUUUGGGUAGAAGAGACAUUCACACUGGGGGUUGGGGAGAGGGGGAUGAGGGUGUGGAAUGUCACACAUGGUACCUAAAUCCAGCAUCAAGACCUAUGAGAUUGGAGAGUUCAGAACUGGAUCUGCACACUCACUGAGUUCUGUUUUCUUCCCUGGAGUGUGCUGGGAGCCAUGGGAGAUUUGUGAGCAGGGGAGGAACAGACUGGGUCUGGUAUCUUGAGGUAGGAGAUUGCCCUAGGUCUAACGGCCCAGGCAAAAUGGCAUCCUCAUGUCUGCCAGGCGCAAUGGUGGGGACGGCAGUCAGGAGUUACACUAGAACUUGGUCCCCAGUUUGUGAGGCUGGCAGGAGCAUCAUGAUAGUGUGAAGCAUGGUGGUGGUGGCAGAUGCUGACAUCUGGACCAUGGGGACAGCAAGGCACUUUGACCCUGACCACCCAAUGCUCUGUGUAGGUUCCUAACUCUUUUGUCCUCUAGACCGUUAUAAUGACUCUCCAGGCCAUUAAGGGGUACAGAGGAGAGGGCAGAUAAACACACGUGUGCUGAACUGCCUUCACCUUCACAAAUUGCUACCGGUUGUUCCCAUGGGUGUGAACCACUGGAGGGGCCCAGGCUUUUGCAGUGAUGCCCCAGCCUCGACACUGAGGAGGGAGGUACAGGGUAGGAAGCCUCCUGGAGGGAUGCCUGUGUGGGCUUGAAUCCCAGCUCUGACGUCUGUCCGUGGGAUGACCUUGGGUGAGUCACUUAAAGAUGUCUGAGCCAUUUUCUGUUUGUAACACAAAGAAAACAUAUCCCUUGGUAAGGGCGUGAGGGAGAUGCUCAGUGGGCCAAGUGCAUAUCACAUGAGCGUGACGACCUGGGUUUGGUUCCCUAGCACUCCUGUAAAAAGCCAGGCAUGGCACAUGUGCCUGUCACCUUAGCACUGGGGAGGUGGAGACAGGACGAUCCCUGGGGCUUGCUCGCCAAACCAGUGAGCUCCAGGUUCAGCGAGAGCCAUCAGAAUAGGUGAAAAGAAAUUAAGGAAGACAUCUGACUCGACCUCUGGCCUCUCCACACCCGGAAGAGAACUUCUGUGUGUGGUGCAGCAUUUCUCUAGUCCAGGCUGGGAAGAAGGGUCAAGAGGCUCACAAAACUCAAGACAUUUUCCAGACUCACAAGUUACAUGAGCAGUAGGUGGUUGCUGGAGAGAAGACACUCUCAAGUGGAGCUGCCUGCAAGGUGCCAGAAGACUCCAGCGAGACAUCUUUGUAUCCCCCCUCCCCCCGCCCGUGAGACUCUCUGGUGCUGCAGCUGCUUUUGAGUCACAGUCCUGUGCGUGACCCUGAUACACUCACUGGUUCACCAUGCUGGACUCAGGGUGAUUUCUCGGGUCUGCUGUUGCUCUUUCUGUCUGGAUUGGAGUUCAAAGUCACCUUCAGCUACAUAGUGCACAGAGAGUUCGAGGGUAGCCUGAGAUACGUGAGACCCUGUUACUAAGUGAACAAGCCAAUAAAUAAAAUAAAAGAAGGGCUGUCAAGAUAGUUGAGUUCUCAGAGCUCACACGGUAGGAGGACAGACCUGACAAGCUCUCCUCUGACCUUGGCAUACGUGCUGUGGCAUGUGGGAGCCCCCCCCCCCCAAGUGUACACACCCAAAAAGAGAGAGAAGCGAGGGACGCCAGGUUACAGAAGCCAGGGAUGUGACAGCUGAAGGGGGUGGCGUGUGGCUGGCUUUGAAAAUGGAGUCCUGGAAAACAGCUCCGAGAGGUGGGGAAGGCAGGGGAUGGCGUUCUCCGUCAUAGCUGGUGGUGGAUGCAUGGCCUGAGGACAACCUGAUUUCCAGCUAGUCACACCAACUGUGGACCUGGAGCCUCCGGGGCAGCGGGGGAUCAUGGGUCCUCUGCUGCUGCCUGGCUGGUGGUCAACCGCUAUAGCGGCACAGGGAGCGAGCGCCCCAGGAGGGCGAGUACGAGGACAUUUCUGGGGACAGAACUUGGUCACCACUCCACAUUGUUCCUGUGGUUCUGUGUCACUUAUGGCUGUCCUUUGUUUUGCUUUGGGAUUAACUUGCUACAUAGACCAGGCUGGCCUCGAACUCACAGAGAUCCACCUGUCUCCUGAGUGCUGAGAAUAAAGACAUGUAGCACUAUGCCUGGCUGGGAUUAACAGAAUUUUUGGAGCCAUGGUAGCACAAGUCUGUUUUCUGAGCAUUUGGGAAGCUGAAGUUGUAGUGUUGUGAGCCAGCCCAGGGUACAGGGUGAGUCCAAGGCUAGCCUGGGCAAUGUAGUAAAAUUCUGUCUACAACAUUAAAAAAAAGGGGGGGAGGUUAAGGUGUUUGUGGCUAAAGAUGGUAGCCCAGAGACACAGCACUUGCUCAGCAGGUGUUCAAAUGAUAGUAGACUGCUUUUUGGCUGCUUUCCUGAGAACCUGGGUUCAGUUAUGGUGGCUCACAAACAUCUGUAACUCCAGUUCCAGAGGGAUCUAACGUCUUCUUCUGGCCUCUGUGAGCAUUGCAUGCACAUACAUACAAGUACAUAACAUAAAAAUAAAUAAAAUCAUGGCCCGAUGUAGUGAUGUACACCUUUAAUCUCAGCACUUGAGAGGCAGAGAUCUGUAAGUUUGAGGCCAGCAUGGUCUAUGUAGUGAGUUUUAUGACAGCCAGAACGACAUAGUGAGACCCUGUCUCAAACCACAACCUUAAAACAAACAAACAAAAACCAAAAACAAAACAACAAAAAAACAAACUCCAAAAUUAAACAGCUAGACUCCCUCUAUACUAAGCCUUCCCAGUUCUUGACCCACAAAACCCAUGAGCAAUGCAAUAACUGCCUUAAGAUAUUGAACUUGGGGCUGGGGAGGUGGCUCAUUGGCCUCACAAGUAUGAGGUACUGAGUUCGGUUCCCCAAUACCCAUGUUAAAGAUCUUGGCACAAUGGCAUGUAACUGUAAUCCCAGGGCUUGUGAGGUUGAGACAGGAGGAUUCCUGGAGCUUGGUCUAGCCUGAAUCAGCAAGCUUCAGGUUAAGUGAGAGGCCCUGUCUAAAAUGAUAAGGUGGUGAGUGUUUGAGGAAGACACCUGCCAUCUGGCCUCCACACACACAUGCACUCCUGCACACACAUGAACACACACAUAAAUUGCUAAGUUUUAGGGUCAUUUGUUAAGUGGUCAUAAACACAACUUCUUAACAGUUCCUUUCUGCAAACAGGUUCUUAAGUGCUUAUUGCUCUUUGACCUAUCUGGUCUGUUUUGUGAGAUGAAGGCAUGUAGAAAUUACAGUAACUUGAUAGUAUCACACAGCUUGUAAUGGUGAGAGAUUUGAACCUAGUCUGUCUACUCUUGGCUUGGGAAUUUUGCUACAGGGCUCUAUUGGUUUUAACCAGUUGUAUGUGGUGUGGGAAGAAAGUGAAAUCUUCAAGAAGUCCAAGGGGGCCUCAUAGAGUCCUGACAUUUUAAAAAAGGAACAGAAAACAUGGGGAAGCAGGGGUGGUGGGGGUGGGGUGGGGUUCCCUGUAACUACCUCUCAGCUUUGCCACUUCCUAGAUGUUUCCUCAGGCAAGUCAGUGGUCCUGUUGUGCCUCAGUUUCCCCAUCAGCAUAGCCGGGAUGCUGGUGGCUACAUGGACACCUCCUGGGGGGUCUGUGAAGAUGAACUGGGUUAACCCCAGACCUCUCCAGCCUGGGGCAGUGCUGUGGAGCGUGCUGGGGCCUGCGUUGCUUGCAGGGGGCUGAGCCGGAGGCUAAUGAGCAGGUGAGGCCACAGCACAGACGGAGGCUGAGCUCAGCGUCUGCUCUCUGUGGAAAUGGCCGAGCCUGGGUCUCAGGGCCACACUGCCGGACCCUUGCUGCUGCUGCUGCUGCUGCUGCUCCCACCCCAGGCCCUGCUAGAGGGGCCGCUGCUAUUUGUGGCUCUGGUGUUCCGCCAUGGCGACCGGGCCCCACUGGCCUCCUACCCCACAGACCCACACAAGGAAGCUGCCUCCACCUUGUGGCCCCGAGGCCUGGGCCAGCUGACCAAGGAGGGGAUCCGACAGCAGCUGGAGCUGGGCCGAUUUCUGAGGAGGCGUUAUAAGGCCUUCCUGAGCCCGGAGUACAGGCGUGAAGAGGUGUACAUCCGCAGUACAGACUUUGACCGGACACUGGAGAGCGCACAGGCCAACCUGGCUGGGCUGUUCCCCGAAGCUGCCCCUGGAAGCCCCGAGGCCGACUGGAAGCCCAUUCCAGUGCACACAGUGCCUGUGUCUGAGGACAAGUUGCUGAGGUUCCCCAUGCGCAGCUGCCCCCGAUACCAUGAGCUGCUGCGGGAGUCCACAGAGGCCGCUGACUACCAGGAGGCCCUGGAGGGCUGGACGGUGAGUGCUGUGGGGGGUCGGUGGGGCUGGGUGCCAAGCAAGGAUUGGUCAGGGCUCACCCAGCCCUGCAUCUCCACCCAGGACUUCCUGACCCGCCUGGGCAACUUCACCGGGCUGUCACUGGUUGGAGAGCCACUCCGCAGAGCAUGGAAAGUUCUGGACACACUAAUCUGUCAGCGUGCCCAUGGUCUCACCCUUCCAUCCUGGGCCUCCCCAGACGUCCUGAGGACUCUGUCACAGAUUUCAGCUCUGGAUAUCAGGGCACAUGUGGGCCCACCCCGGGCAGCAGAAAAGGCCCAGCUGACAGGGGGGAUUCUACUGGAUGCCAUCCUCAGCAAUUUCUCCCGGGCCCAGAGUCUGGGGCUGCCCCUCAAGAUGGUCAUGUACUCAGCUCAUGACAGCACCCUGCUGGCCCUCCAGGGGGCCCUGGGCAUCUACGAUGGGAACACCCCACCUUAUGCUGCCUGCAUGGCCUUUGAGUUCCGGGGGAGCUCCAGGGAACCCGAGGAGGAAGAUGGAGAGAAUGUCACCAUCUCGCUCAUCUACCGAAAUGACACCUCCAGCCCACCCCUGCCACUGAAGGUUCCCGGGUGCCCGGCCCCCUGUCCGCUUGGGCGCUUCCAACAGCUGACUGCUCCAGCCAGGCCUCCAGUUCAUGGGGCCCCCUGCCAUGGUUCCUAUGAGUCUACCAGCCCCCCAGGUGACAGCCCUCUGCGCAGGGGUGGGAGCGGGGUGUUCCCAAGGCCUGGGAUUCACAACCCCCAUGUUCUUCCUGCAGCCACGGUGCCCCUUCUGGCCGGAGCUGUGGCUGUGCUGGCUGUGCUGAGCCUGGGGCUUGGCCUACUGGCCUGGAGGCCCAGCUGCCUGAGGGCCCUGGGAGGGGCUGUAUGAGGGGGGCGUAUAGACACAAAAGCACCCCCUCAGCUGACACUGGAUCCCAACACGUGUGCUCACCUGCUGCUCUGACUUGUCACUUACUGUGCUCGCUCGCGCGCGCGUGUGGGAAUGAAGGCUGGGUGGGCCCCAGGCAUUGCGCACACCCGGACACUUGUGUCUGUGCAGUCAGGGGCUAUACAGAGGGCAGGCAGUAAGCAUGUGUGCGGGUGAGAGCCUAUAGUUUGAGACCACUUAGGACUGGACUGUCCUUAAGGAGCUCUACUCCCAGCAAUUACAGCCUGCGGGCGGCAGAACGGAUGGAGAUGGGGGUCUCCCAGGGUACUGGCUAAGGUAACCAGUCUUCUAGAAGCCCCACCCUCACCACCAUCCGAAGCUCUCCCUGAAGUGGGGAAGUUCCUAAAGGAUGUGGUGAUGAGCCUGCACCUAGGACUGCCACUCCAGGACCCACUCCCUACUGACCAGCAACCAUGCCAUUGGCAUCCCCUCUCGUGUACUCACUACUCCCCAGCCCCCAGCUGACACUGGGAAGUCAAUGGGUGUUCUCUGUCUUGAGGUGGCCAGGCUCCUGUCUGGGGGAGGUACAAGACCAAAGAUCCUGAGGAAGCUAUGGAGCACACCUUGGGGUCCCAGGACAGCCUGAGCUAAAGGGUUUGGUUCACAAGAAGCAAAAUAAACUCAAACCCAAUGCAGGCUGCAGGGUAGGGACUAAGGCCAGCCAGUGGCUGUGACUGGCCCCCACCAGCCCACCUUUCCUCACCAGACCGCUGGAGUAUCCUCUGGAAACAGGCCAGAGGUGGGCAAGUACACCUGUGCCUCACCUGCCCUGGACCCAG